AUGAUCAUGGCAUCACUUCUACGAAGCACUCCGCGAGUGAUUCGCUCGGCCAGAUUCGCCCACAGACCUUUGUCACUUGUGCAGUAUCGAUUAACACACGAUGCUACCAAUGGGCCAAAGGGCCACGCUCCAGUACCUGGACGAAGCCCACCAGAAGCUCCCAAGGAAGAGGCGGCGGCGCUGAAACAUAAUGACAGAUCUGGCUCGUAUCUUGGUACAACAAAGAGACUACCGGAGUUCAAUCUGAAUGAUAAGGUUGUGCUGGUCACUGGUGCGGCGAGAGGUCUUGGUCUUGUUCAGGCGGAAGCGCUGCUGGAAGCAGGAGCUACGGUGUAUGCGCUGGACAGGUUACCGGAACCAAGUCCUGACUUCUUUCGGGUGCAAAAGAGAGCUGCCGAAGAGCUUGGUACGACGUUGCAUUACCGACAGAUCGACGUUCGAGAUGUGCCGCAGCUGAACGAAAUUGUCCGCAACAUCUCCGAAACGCAGGGUAAGAUUGAUGGACUCAUCGCUGCGGCUGGGAUACAGCAGGAGACGCCAGCGCUCGAAUACACUGCGAAGGAUGCCAAUACGAUGUUUGAGGUGAACAUUACAGGAGUGUUCAUGACCGCUCAAGCAGUGGCCAAAGAGAUGAUCCGGCACGGGAACGGAGGUUCGAUCGCCUUGAUAGCCUCUAUGAGCGCUGCAGUCGCCAACAGGGGUCUCAUCUGCUCAGCAUACAAUGCUAGCAAAGCUGGAGUUGUUCAACUCUCAAAGAACCUCGCCGCAGAAUGGGGACAACAUGGGAUAAGGGUGAACACCAUCUCCCCUGGGUACAUUGUGACCGCUAUGGUUGAGGCGCUCUUCGAGCAGUAUCCAGAGCGGAGGAGGGACUGGCCAACACAGAACAUGCUUGGCAAGCUGAGCAGGCCAGACGAGUACAGAGGCGCGGCGGUGUUCCUGAUAAGUGACGCAUCCAGCUUCAUGACUGGUGCCGACUUGCGGAUUGAUGGUGGCCAUACUGCUUGGUGA